AUGGCUAUCGAACAUGGUAAAUUUGAUGGGCUCGGUUCUCCAUAUUUGGGGAGUUCAGUCCUAAAUGCCAACCCAAACUCCAAUUCCAAUUCUAGAGCAAGUGCCAAUGCGGGUUCAGUGACUGUGAAGAAGAAAAGGAUGAAACCUAUCAAAUCGUGUACGUUUUGUCGAAGGAGAAAACUACGAUGUGAUCAACAAAAACCUAUGUGUUCCACCUGCAUCGCUAGAGAACUCCCCGAGUGUGUUUACAUGGAGAGUAGCUCUACGCCUCGUACGGUGGCUGGUAAACGUGGUAAUAUUGAUUCUAUAGGAUCGAUGCCAAAUACCAAAUUGUUACUUAAAGUUAAUGAACUGGAAAGGCAGUUGCGCGAUGUUGCCAAUGAAAUCAGUGGCAAUAGCGCUAGUGAGGACAAUAGUUUAGGGGAUAUGCCUCAAGGCGGGACUGAGUCCCUCGUCGGAUCCUCAUCUGCCGUUUCGCCAUCUUCCACUUCACCAAAUAGUACAGAUGCUCAUCUCCAUACUAUUAGCCAAAAAUGUGUGGAACAACACCAUCGAGACUUUCAGAGGGAAACUCGAUUAGCUAUCAGUAUGGACACUACCACUAGUGCAUCAGUCAAUCCGUUAAGAAAGUUAUAUUUUCUGCAAUCGAAACGUAAUGGAAGAAAAGUAAUGUUUGGUCCUACUUCAAUGAGAACUUUUCUCUUUAGUGGGAAUUGGGGACUGAUGGAUAGAUUCAAGCAAUUGAGAGAAAAAGUCAACACGGCAAGACGCCAAAUUAAAAAGGAAUGUGGUUACUGUAUGCUUAGGGAAAAUCAACUAAUAGAGAUGCCAUCAAAUUCCUUCACAAGCAAUCUUCCUUUGGACACUUCUCUUGCCAAACAAUUGAUAUUUGUAUUACCAAGCUAUGAAGAGAUUGAAAAAAGUCUUCGACUUUUUUUUUCGAAACCUGAGCUGUAUGAAAUUACAGGAGCAUUUGAUGAGAAGAAAGUUCUCAAUGAUUUUAAAUUGGGGUUUGUCCCCGGUAUUCCGUCGCUGAUUACUGGCGAAAGGCCUGUUAUCAAUAUUGUCCCAUUCACUAAAAUCCAAUAUUACAAAGUUGGUGUCGUUCUUGGAAUUCUCGUUUUGGUGCGAUUUGGAGCAUUACUCCCACAGGUUUUGGAAAAAUUCUUUGUGUUUCUGUCAGGAUUGUCAACUGCUAAAAUCAUGUAUGUUGAGAGAGUGCAGUUCACUUUGUUGAGAUACUUUCAUCGAAAUAUUCAUGGCCUCACUGGAGGCGAUGAAUCUCAUCAGAUUGUAUUAAUUGAUUCUCUCGUUUGUGAUGCGAUCUCUCUUGGUCUAAAUCGUAACAUUAAGGAAUUGUUUCGAGGCGAUGAAGAACUUCUGGGGAAUACAGAUUCCCUAGAGAAGUUAUGGUGCUGGGUUGUUUUCCUAGAUUUUUCACUUGCUUUUCAUAUUGGAAGGCCAAUGAAAAUUACGGAAGAAGACAUCUUUCAUGAGGAAUUUUUUGAUGACUAUAGUUGUGGAUUUUAUGGUCUUCUUAAAAGAUUUUUGAGAAAAAUGGCAAGACCCAUUAUGCAGAGCAUCUACAGCAAGUCUGAAUGUCCCUAUUUAGACAAGCAUUGCGAGGAACUGUUGACAUUUACGGAAGAGGAGUUCUUGCCCAUUUCGUUUUACACAGAUAAGGAAUUAAUUCAUAAGACACCCUUACAAGAGACAAGGAUUUUAGGCAUGAUAUUUUCUAUGCUCUUAUGUCUAGGUGGGCUUAAACUUUUCAUUGAAUCGCAGUGUAAUCUAGACGCUAAGAACUCUGUGGUUAAAAUCGCAUUGGUAUCAUUUUCUGUGGCAAGGAAUGCACUCGCUCGUAGUAUUGAGCUGGAUGAAAUUCAUUUUCCCGAGUUAACAGAACCGGGGCAUGAAUCACCUUCGCCUUAUUUUGCUGAAGUCGUCUCAAUGUUUUUCACACUUUUUAUUCGAGGAGCAUCAAUUCCGUAUAUAUUGGCAUACAAUAAACUGACUCUCUUCGAAAAAGGUGUUCUAGUUCUUGAAAAUGGUAGUGAUACUUUAGAUUGUGAUAUGAGUACACUGAGAGUUCCCAAAUCAAAGAAAAUUCCUACUGUUCAUGCCUUAUCAAUGUUUUGUAAAGUUUUUGAUGAUCUCCGUAAUCCAAGCAAUGAUAAAGCAAAGUCAGUUUAUCAAAGAUGUCAAGGUUUACAAAUUCUUCUUUCCAUGGAAAAAGUGCAGAGAACGGUGGUUCAGAAAGUUCUUGAAGUUAGAACUGCUACGGAAACUACUUGGAAAGCUCAAGUUCAACGUCAGGGUUUGGCAUCCCCUGGGAAAGCUUUGGCAUCUCCUGGAAAAACUUUGUCACCACCAUCAGCGGAUAAUUUCGAAAAUGCAGAUUUAAAUUUUUUCGGUAAUUUGGUGGAGAAUUCACGUUCCCGUAAAUCAUCAUCAUCAGUACCAGCUGGCCCCCCACCAUUAGUCCAUCCCACGUCUGAAAUACCCGCUGCAGAACCAUCUGUAGGUAGAGAUGAGACGGAAUGCGAGUUCAACACACGUGCACCAAGUGGUCCUGCCGCCUCUCAAAGUGACCAAGGUCGUCCCGCUAUUGGAGAAAAACUUUCACCAAAUAUGGAGGUAUUUGAUGAAGAUAAUGAUGUCCUUGGCAUGAUUUCUGGUGAUUUCUGGGAAUGCUAUAAUACAAGAUGGACUGAGUUAUUAAACAGGGCCGAAUCUGGCAAUUUGUUUUCCGAUAUUGAUAUAUGA